UUCAAACCGUUCCCUCUCCUGAUGAAAAUUCCCUCAUCACUAAUUCAUUACCCGCUCACACCCUUAACCCUACAUGGCCGCUACUUCAACUCUUUGACCUGAAUCGAUACGUAGAGACUGGCCGCUAACCACCACCAAUCGACCUCAAGGGCUUCGAUUACAGGCAUUACCCCAUGAUUUUCUUCGGCUACAGACACCAUCAAUCGACAUUAGGCUCUAAUUGAAAUAUUUAGUACCACUAAUCGACAUCAGGUUCUAAUUGAAAUAUUUAGUAAGUAUGUUUACCAGAUAAUAGAACUUCCAUUUGGUUAGCACAUAGUUUGAAUUGGAUAUAGUCUGGCUAUGGUAGUUCUUGUUCGAGUCAUUCUUCCAUUCCCAAAGUUUACUUUUAGCUAUAGUUUUUUUAUUUGAACAGAGCUAUAGUUCUUGUUUCUUUGUUUUAUAUGUAAUGAAUUAUUAAUCUUCAGUAUCAGAAUGUAUGGAGAUUGUAGACUGUAUUAUGUGUUUAUUCGUGUUGCUUUUGAAUGUCUACCUUUGCUAGUUCCCAACUCCUGACCAACAACCUUAGGUAUUAUAGUUUAAUUCUCAUAGGUCUCAUAUAGUUGUUCUUUUUUUUCAAAAAGCUAGAUUCAAGUUCCCAAUUCCCAACCAACAACCUAAGGUAUCACAUUUAAUCUUGUACUUAAUGAAGAUACUUUUUUAAAUUACUGGUGAUGGUGCAGAUAUUUGGGUCACAAAAGUAGUCUUUGGCGAGUAGCCACCUAGUGGUGGCUGAUUCAGAUAGUGUAUUAAAGGGGAGUUUAUGAAGGAUAGUGUAGUGGUGCUAAUGAAGUAGAACCUACAAAUCAAAGAGUUUCUUUAUGAUUUCCUGUUUCUUUUAUACCAUUUUCACCAUAUAUUUGGUUAUUGCUAGCUUUCUAAUUGUGUAUUUUAAUAGUGUUUGUUUGCUUGCUAAUUUCUUUUUGGACUUGGGGGUCUAUGUAGAAGCAACCUGACGAAUAGAGGUAUGGUUCGUCUACAUCCCACCUCCGUAGGUGGGAUUUUGCUGAGUAUGGUUGUUGUUAGAUAUUUUCAAUACUUUUAUAUUUUCUAUACAAACUUAAUGCUUCUCUUAUAGGUGGUAGAUAUAGUCCACAUUGCACAUCCUACUCAGAUUAACAGGUGUACUCUUCAUUAUACGCACACUAGAAUUUUAGUCAUCGUAUAAAGUUAAUGGCCGCAAGGGGCGUACAGAUGAGGUUAAACCAUACACCAAAGCAUCAGGUGCCAUGAUAUUACUAAAACUAAUAAAGGUGUGGUCUAUUUAAUCUUUAGAUGGAUGAACAUGAGGAUCUCUAGUAAAGGGCUGAAGAUGUACUCAUGCACCAAUGGUUACUCCAUCUAGCUCACGAUCCUGCUAAUAGGCCUGUAUUUGAGGUCCGGCUAGUACAGGUUUCUGCAACAACUGAUGGCAGCUCUGAUGAUGUAGUUUAUUCAAGCUCCCCUACACAGCAACCAGCCAAUAGCAUUCAUCAUCCACCACCUGCGUUUGGGUCAUCUCCUAAUCUUGAAGCCCUUGCAGUUGAAGCAAAUGAGUCUCAAAUUCAGAAUGGGGAUAGUGCUGUAAAUAGUUAUUCAACACUGCCCAGGCCCAUGCAUGAGAUUACGUUUUCAACAGACGACAAACCAAAGCUUCUAAGUCAAGUGCUUAUUUGUUUCUCUAAAAACAAACAUCAAAGUGAAGGGAUUUGCAUCUAUAUAAACUUUCUUUUGAGUAGGCUCAUAGUUGUCAAUAGCGGCUAUAAUGCGCUAUGUAGCUAUCUGGGUCAUAGCGACCAAUAGUGUGAAUAGCGAUAGUUAGUUUUUUUAUGUACAUAGCAAUUAGAUAUAGCUAUAAAAUAGCUGGAUUUAUAGGUUUUUGUUAAAUAUACAUGUAAAAUAACAUAUAUA